AUGCAUGCUAACUCUAUGCCCAAAGCCGCCGCUAAAAUAGUUGACAAGAACCCUCGCAGGCACGGCCAAGGCUCCGCGGUUCCUACCACUGGUGGUCCAGCCGACAUUCAGCCUACUUCUGCUUCAGGCGUCGCGGAUCCAGACACGAAUGAAGACGAUGACGCAGACGAUGAGGAGACACAGGCUGAAGACAUGGCUGCCAAUGCUGCCAAUACCCUCGAGAAUGCAGCUGAAGAGGAUGGGGCUGAAGAUGAUGCGGCCGAAGAGGAUGCUCCCGGAGAGGAUGCACCCGAAGAAGAUCACAACGAAAGCGAUCAAGACCACACAUCUGUUCACGAAGGAGUUUCUGGAGCUAAGGAUACAAAGGAAGAACAGAUCCGACGCCUCCGUGAAAGAAUUCAUAGACUUGAGGCCGAAGAUGACGAAGAAGUACCAGAGACUGAAAGCGACACCUCGGAACCAGAGGAGACGGAAGAAGAGGAAACGCACAACACCAGGCGCCUCAAGGACAAAACCCGCGCCGCCCUCGCGUCCCGCAGCCCCAAGAAGAAGAAGAAGAAGAAGAAGAAGAAGAAGAAGACGACGACUACUGCUGCUCCCCAUCCCCAACCCAACCACCAGCACCACUCCAGCAGCCCCAACAACAACAACAACAAUCGGACAUACGACCCCAGCCUCGUCCCCUCCAAGCGCUACCGCGGCUACACCAACGGCGACGACGGCUACUGGUCCGUCGAAUUCUGCCUCGGCGUGCGCAAAACCCCCACCCUCUACGGCACCACUAACACCGCAACCACAACUUCUACCGCUGACUUCGAAGUCCUCCUCCUCUUCACCGGCCGCGACAGGUGGCCGCGGCCCUACUGGCUGCCGCUGGACUGGAACGAACCCAACCACGACAUCGCCUACUACUUCCACACGCACCGCGCCGUCAAGCCGCGCCCGUACCGCUUCCCGCGCGACUACGACAGGCGUGGUGUGUCGGUCGUGCCGUCGGAUGAGUGGCGGGAGGAGUGGGAGGAGGCGAGGGAUGCGGCGGAGGAGAAUUAUCCGCACCUCUUUGACUACACGCGGCCGAGGAGCACCUGCCCUUCUGGGGAUGAACAUGAGGAGGAGGAGGAGGAGGAGGAGGAGGAUGAGGAGGGGGAGGAGGGGGAGGAGGGGCAGGAGACGGACGAUAGCGAGUACGGUGGGGAUGAUGAUCGCAAGACUGCUGAUAAUAGGAGGCCGCCUGCUAAAAAGGCUCCGGCUUCCAAAAAGGCUCCGGCUGCUAAGAAGAAGCCGAAGACUGCCGCCAAAAGUAGCAAGUCGACUGCCAAAAAGACUACAAAGUCUACUACCAAGGCUAAAGAGACGACGACGAGCACUCGGAACACGCGCCAGGGAACGUCGAAGCGAGGAAAGGCGGUUGUCGUUGAGUCCGACGACGACGAGGAAGUUCAGCCAAAGCGCCGUAAGACGGGUGGUGGCCGCAAGUAG